GUUUACAAACUUUGCGGGGGUGGCGUCCAUAGUGGAAUCAUAACAAGCAAAAGUUACUGAAACAUCUCAGAGCUGUGUUUACGUUGAGAGUGCGUGGGAUAAACUGUUUGUUUACAUCUAAAGUUAAGCCAUGGAGUUGACCAAAGUGUGUCGGCUCUGUUCGUCGCAGAAAACCCGCGUCCGGUCCAUCUUCAAGGACUACAAACGAGAGGGACUGCUGGCCAUCAUCACCGACGUGGUUCGGCUGAAGGUCGAGAAUGAAGACGGGUUACCGCAGAACAUCUGUAAACCGUGCGCCACGACCCUGUUCCGGAUCCGGGACAAUCUGAACGAGUUUCGUGAGAACGAUCGAGCGCUUCGCGAAAGGCUGCAGAAGAAGUCCGAUGAGGCUGGCGUAGAAGAUUCUUUGGGAAAGGAUGUCGUCAGCGGUGUAGAGAAGAGUCUCGAGCUGUUUCUAGAGCAAGAGUUGGACGAACAUUUGGAUGCUCCGGAAACGGAUCAGUUGGCAAUUGACGAGCUGCGGCUAGGUGAAGAAGAGCCAGAGGAAGCGCUUCAAAAGGAGGAUGCGAAAAGCGACUAUCAGCAGUCUUCAUCGGAGUCUGAAUCGGAUGUCGAGGAGGAAUUACCAGUUGCUAAGCUUAAGACAAUUCGUGCUACCAAGAGGAACAACAACAAGGAAGAUAAACCGGAGACCAAACGACGUCGUGCAAGAAAAUUGGAGGACGAAGGCGAUUCGGAUAAGCCCAAAGUAAAUGACCACAAGUGCUACAUCUGUAAGAGCGAAUCGCUGGGAUCGGCCAAAGCACUGCUGGAACAUCUGACCAGUCACCUGGACCGGACGCCUUACACCUGCACCGAUUGCAUCAUGGAAACGGUGGUGCUCCGGAGUGUUCGAUCGCUAAACGUUCACCUGAAAAUGCACGCUCAACCGAUCAAGUGCCAGUACUGUGACAGACGAUACUGCGACGAACGGGCCCGGGAUUUCCACGUGAAGUCGUUCCACCUAGGCGAAAGUGCUCCAUGUCCUUCUCCCUGUGAAAAGUGUGGCAAAAUUUGUAGAUCUAUUGCGGCGCUUAAGAGUCACUUGCGCGAUCAUAACCUUAAUCUAAAGUGUGAGUACUGCGACAAGAUCUUUCACCGGCGAACUAAAUUCAAAGAGCACGUUUUACGAGUUCAUGAAAAGGCGGAAAAGUACGAAUGCACCCUGUGUAAUAGGGUAGUUCACAGCCUGGAAAGCUACAACUCUCAUCUGAAGAUGCAUACGAGCGAGAAAACAUAUGAGUGCGAUCUAUGUCCUAUGAAAUUCUACACCGCCGGAAAUUUGGGCCUUCAUAAGAAAAACCACUUUUCCAAUGCCAACUACAAACCACACAAGGACUGGAGCGGUCACUACACGGUCACCCAGGAACCCGGAUCGGACAAGGUUUACACAUGCAAGCUAUGCGGAAAAACCUACCACAAAACCGUCAUGAAGAUCAACAACCACCUGAAGAACCACUUCAAAGACAUCCAGUGCGACCGGUGCGAUCUCAAGUUUGUCAACGAGUCGCAGCUCAAAACCCACUACGUGGUCCACACCGGAAUCCGCGAGCACAAGUGCAACUACUGCGGCAAGGACUUCCUGCACAAAAACAACCUCACGCAACACCUGAAGCUGCACCGCAACGAGCAAAACUACGCCUGCGAGUUCUGCGGCAAAACGUUCACCUACAAAGAGGGCAUGAAGGCCCACAUCCGGAACAACCACCUGCGCCAAAGUCCGUACGAGUGUCGUCCCUGUCGGCGCAAGUUUGUCGACAACGCGUCGCAGGCGCGGCACAUGGCAGCCGAGCACGAACCCCCGCCGCAGCAGGUCGAGAUGGCACCGCCGCCGCUGAUGGGGACGGUGUCGCGGUUCGAGCCGAUCGUCGUGGAGUUUGGGGCCGUGGCGGCGAAGGUUGGGGGACAUGCUAACAUCUUCGGGUUGCGCUUACAUCAACUUAAGCUGGCCAAGGACAUGGAUCUGGACAAGGUUUGCCGGAUGUGUUCGUCCCGAACGUCGCACCUGCGGUCCAUGUUCGUCGACUACGCGGAGCACAACCUGGUGCAGAUUGUGGUGGAGAUUUUGCAGCUGGAGAUUUACCGCGGGGACGGACUUCCGCCCAAUAUCUGUGCUUCCUGUGCCGAUGGUCUGCUGAAGCUGCGGGACAGCAUCCGGGCGUUCCGGGAGAACGAUAAGGCCAUCCGCACGAUGAUAUCCGAACACCACAGCCGUAAUGUGGUUCAAUAUCCGCUGGAGACUACUUCUGAUACAAAGCCAGUAAAGAAGCAGAAAAACAAGAGUGUUCCAGCGCCGAUCAAAACAGCGCUGGAAGGAGUUUACAACAUCAAAGUGGAGCUAAGCACCGACAUCGAUCACGGUCAGCAGCAGAACCUGUUGGAGUGCUUGCUUGAUCCUAGUAAACCCGUUCAAACGGAUCUCAAGUGCUACAUCUGCCAGAGCGAAUCGAUGGACACGGCUCACACUCUGUUCCAGCAUCUCGCCAGUCACGCCAAACUGUUGCCUUACAAAUGUCCCGAUUGUAAGGUCGAACCUGUGCUAGUACACGAUGUACAGUCGCUGAACAACCACAGAAAGAUGCAUACCCAGUCCCUGAACUGUGACUAUUGCGACCAGCGCUUUUCGGACAUUUCAACACUGCUGCACCAUCUGAAAACGUUCCACCUGCCGGAGAAUGCUUCCUGCGUAACAUCGGCGGAGAUGCCAGGUCAACAGUCGCAGGAAGAUUGGCGCGAGCAGUUCACGGUGAUGCAAGGGCCCGCCGGUGAAGUGUACACCUGCAAACUGUGCGGCAAGACGUUCACGAGCAUGAGAAGCGUCAAGUACCACGUCAAAAAUCACUACAAAAACAUCAAAUGCGACCGGUGCGAUCUGAGAUUCGUGAGCGAAUCCAAGCUGAGGACGCACUACGCCGUCCACACCGGAAUACGCCAGCACAAGUGCGAAAUCUGCAACAAGGAGUUUCUCUGGAAAAACAACCUUACCCAACACUUGAAGCUGCACACCAACGAGCGUAACUUUGCGUGCGAAUUUUGCGGGAAACUGUUCACGUACCGGGAAGGUAUGAAGUCGCACGUGCGGUUCAACCACCUGGCCGAAAGUCCGUACGAAUGUAUCGCCUGCCGCCAGAAGUUUGUCGAUAACGCAUCGCUCGCCAGACACGUGGCGGCCGAACAUCAACCGGUGGCGGUGCAGCGUGCUUUAGUUUAGAAUUCUUAAUUGUUAUUUUGAUCAAUACCCAAAUGCAGA